AUGGUGGAUAAUGCCGUGAUGAAGGACGUGUGCGGUUUCAAUUUCUCCGGUACACGAAGCAAGGUCCUCGACUUCGACGCCAAGACGAGUUGGGCCGAACUCUCCCCACAUACGACUUGGGACUCCGCCGGCAUGUCCAACGGGCUUAUCGAAGACCUGGCCACUGCCGUUGUGCAUCGGUUCAUCUGCUACAACAUUACCGGCAAAAAGGAGGCGAAUAAAGUCAGUGAGGUCAAACUUUUUCUCCUAUGGGCGAUGCGAGCGGGAGUACGGGUGUGUUCGAUGACUUUCCUACAGAACUCCUUACAGGAGAUUGCCCUCACUCGGCGUGGACUACCGGCACUUGGGCACUUUGUUACCGCACUCGCGAACCAUUUCGACAUCACCCCAGAAGCCUACAGAUUACAUGGAGAGAUAGCGCUUCAGGAGAGGUCUGAGAUGCGAUGUCUCAAUUAUAACGAGCUCAAGCAGGCCGACCUUAUUCGGAACCGGACUACAGCUAAAGAGUACACAAAGCGCACCGCCUACGACACCUAUUUUAAAAAGCUCCAGCAGGGUCAGCCUAGUUCCGAUCCGGCAGGGUCGUCUCGGCAACCGACGGAGGGAGACGAGCAUGAGCAGAUGAAUGUCGACGAUGACCAUUUCCUUCCGCCUCCACCCGAGGAAGGUGAUGAAGUGAUGAUGAUGGUGAAGGAUGAAGGUGAUGAUGACAACGUCAGAUUUCUCUUAUCUACUCUAAGUCGCGCGAGAGAAUGA